GUAAUAAAUAAAACCCGCCUCCACCCCCAUUCCCAAAUCCUGGCCCGUCCGUUGCUGCUUUCUCUCCCACCUUCGCCGCCUUCCUUUCCCGGUUUCCCACCAAACCCCCUCUCUCUUUCUAACGCUCCUUCCAGAGCUCUCGCCUUGCUGCUUCUUCGGAUUGGCGAUCGGCAGAUUGGAUCCGAUCAUGACGAUUGCUUCGAGGAUUCUGCGCCACUCUCGCAAGUUAGGGAAUGCUCAGUAUGCUCUACAAAACGAGCCUGCUGUUCUUGGUCGUUAUUUUUCUAAAGAUGCUGGUCUGUUUGUUGGAAAAAGAGAUGAUAUAUCAAGGAGCCAUCAGUGUGGUUUGCAUAAAAAUAGGGAUGGAGAUUCAAACAUUUUUGUUGGAGGCUUUCCAUUUAAAACCAACAGAUUUGAAGGCCAAAGCAGCAUAAAAGACCUUGAUGUCUUCAAGAUAUCUUCUCUAGGGCUAGUCAAGACCAGCAUUUCUAGAAGAGCAACCAAAAUGAGUAUUCCAAUGGCUGGCAUGGGGUUCAACAGCACUUUGUCAUGUAUGCAGGCAGCUCCAAGGAGAUGUUUCUCAAGCAACUCAGAUUUACCUCCACAUCAAGAAAUUGGGAUGCCAUCACUUUCUCCCACCAUGACUGAGGGAAACAUUGCUAGGUGGCUGAAGAAGGAAGGAGAUAAAGUUUCUCCUGGUGAAGUGCUCUGUGAAGUUGAAACUGAUAAAGCUACUGUGGAAAUGGAGUGCAUGGAAGAAGGCUAUGUUGCUAAAAUAAUACGUGGAGAUGGGGCCAAAGACAUUAAAGUUGGUGAGGUGAUUGCUAUAACUGUGGAAGAAGAGGACGAUAUAGCAAAAUUUAAAGAUUAUGAAGUUUCAACAGCUGCUCCUGCUGCUGAAGUUAAGGCACCAUCUGAGCCCACAUUACCUGUGAAGGAGGAACAAGAGCCUGUUAAAGCUCCUGAACCAAAAGUUUCCAAGGCUGAAGAAGUUUCUCAUACGGAUGAUCGUAUGUUCUCCAGCCCUCUCGCAAGAAAGUUAGCAGAAGAUAACAAUGUACCUCUUUCAAGCAUAAAAGGUACUGGUCCUGAUGGGCGCAUUUUGAAAGCAGAUAUUGAAGAUUACUUGGCAUCUACUGCUAAGGGUGAAGCAGCUGCAACGCAAGCCUUAUCCUAUGUGGAUAUUCCAAAUUCUCAGAUAAGAAAAGUUACUGCUUCUCGCUUGCUGCUCUCUAAGCAAACUAUUCCUCAUUAUUAUUUAACAGUAGAUACUCGUGUUGACGAACUUAUGGAGUUGCGUGGCCAACUUAAUUCUUUGCAAGAAGCCUCUGGUGGAAAACGGAUUUCUGUCAAUGACCUCGUCAUAAAGGCUGCUGCUUUGGCUCUGCGCAAAGUUCCUCAGUGUAACAGUUCCUGGAUGAAUGAUUUCAUCCGUCAGUAUCACAACGUGAAUAUUAAUGUUGCUGUACAAACAGAUAAUGGAUUGUUUGUUCCGGUUAUCAGGGAUGCAGACAAAAAGGGGCUAUCUACAAUUGCAGAAGAGGUGAAGCAUUUAGCUCAAAAGGCCAAAGAUAACAGUCUGAAGCCAGCAGAUUAUGAGGGAGGCACGUUUGCUGUAUCAAACUUGGGAGGUCCUUUUGGAAUCAAGCAAUUCUGUGCCAUUAUAAAUCCGCCCCAGUCAGGCAUCUUGGCUGUUGGAUCUGCUGAGAAGAGAGUAAUACCUGGUGCUGGUCCUGAUCAAUUCGAGUAUGGUUCCUUCAUGUCAGUCACAUUGAGCUGUGACCACCGUGUGAUUGAUGGUGCAAUUGGUGCGGAAUGGUUGAAAGCAUUCAAGGGCUACAUUGAGAACCCGUACUCCAUGUUACUGUGAAGCAAAAACAGAAUCAAACAUUUUUGUAGAAUUUAUCAAAUAAGGUUCCCCAUUUUUUCUGAAUCUUUUGUUUUUGCAGUCUUCUCAUUUCUUUUUGUGGUUGGUACAAAUUAGCCUUGAGGAUCUGAAAACCUAGAGUUCAGAGCCGAUACUGGCGGACCAAGUUUGUAAAACGUUUUUGGUACCUACCCUCGUUUAAAGGGGAACUGAGGCCAAGUUGGGCGGCAAAACCUGACCGGGCUUCGAGAAUUUUCAUCUGCUCAAUGUUAUUAAUUUUUCUUGAGAUGUAUCAGGUUGGUAGCACCUAUUGGUGUACCUUUUGAAUCUUUCUAUGAAUAUUAUCCCCUUGCCAAAAUAAAAUAAAUCUGAAAUAGGAAUGCACCUUAUUUA